UAAAUGAAAGGUAUUCCGUCGAUUUGUUUAGAAACCAUUGGUUGUUUUGUCUGAAGAGUUGAACCAGACUGUGGAGUGGUUUAGGUAGUUUCAUGUUGUUGGGAUUGCAUAUUUAAACUCUGCAACACGAAACUGUCUUAAUUGCCCCAGUUUCAUUCCUCCGUAACAUAAGAUCUACUCUUUUUCACCUAGACAUCGAAACAAUACCAAAUCAUUUAAAUUGACAGUAUAAAAUGUAAAGCAUUAUUGUUAUUAAAAAAAUGCCUUUUGAACACAAUCGCCGUGAGUUGUUUGAUGUUUGAAUUUUUGGACUGAACGUGGACACUAAUUUGUCGAACUCAAUGUAGACAGUACUUGACAAGGCCUCGGUUACGUCCAAUACACGGCAAUCGAGCCUCGUCUGCUGUAAGCAACAGCGACCUCGGUGGCGUGCCACUGAGCUCGAGAGAUUGCGUUCCCGGCUUCCGCCUAGCGCCGUGAGAAGUGGCUGAACACAAAAGACAAGAUUGGCUUUAUGGUGGCACACCAGUACAGCUAAAGGGAAUUUAUUUGUGGCUAAAAAGCAUGAAUAGCGCCUAUGGUAAAACUCGGUUGUGUUAACAAACACCCCUGAGCAGUUUACGGCCUCAAAGGGACAUGCUGUUUCCGGCGCUUUCUUCUUUUUUGAGAAGUAGCGUCGUUUCCUGCUGUAAAAUAGUAAAAUCUUUCUGGAUGCCCUUCUGGUAAUCACUGAUGGACUAUAAAAUAGUGUGAACAAUUAUAAAAAAAAAUGUAGAUUUGAUGUACGAGGCUCACAAUUACUGAGCCGAUGUGCAUUAGCCGAUGUGCAUUUUUUUUGUUUUUAUUUUUUGUAGGCUACUUGUGUCUGUUUAAAAUAAACUUGAUUAAAACAUUUUAAAUGGUAGUUACUCGUUUUUACUUGAGAUUCCUUUAUUGUAUUAGGCUACGUGUUUAUAAUAAUUUUGUUUGCUUGUCCCUGUAAAUAGUUAACUUUUUUAAACUGCUUUUUGUUUUGCAACCGUAAUUUAAAAAUAAACGAGAAUCCACUUAUGGCCAAUGAUUGCCGAAUGAAACUUAAUUUAUGAUAACAACCAACAACAUAAAGUAUAAUUAUUUUCUUCUAUAUUCUGCUAUUAGUAUACUAUUAAUAAAAGCUCUUUAAUCAUUUAAGUCACUUUGAAUGUCAUAACCAUUUUGACGUUUUCGAUUGAGCAGAUUAAUAUAAUUUGAUAAAUAUAAUCUAGUACUUGCCAAAUUGCAUGUUUCCAUAUUAAUCGUAUUCCUUAUGGUUUUAGUGCUUUAUUUGUGACAUGUUUGGCUGCGACAUGUAUUUUUCAGGAGCAGUUUUUCUGAUAUGAUUUUCAAAUAUAAAAGAUUCCCAAUCCAUUCAAAUCAAUUGUCAAAAUCCAAUAAAUUCAAAUAAUUUGUAACUAUAUAAAUGUUUUUUUUCUUUUUUCAAUCAGCAAUUACAAUAUAUUAAGAUAGUGGGCAUUCGGAAAUAAUAUUAUGAAGAGUACUGAUUUUAAAAAUCUGGUCAAAAUAUUGCUAAGUCGCUAAUGAUAAACAUUCACUAUUAAUGGAGAACGCAGUCAUUCCCCCUUCAUUAAUGAAGCUAUAUUUAAAUGCAUAAAGGACAAAAUGUAUUUAGAAACUUAUAUACGCUAUAUAUACCAGCAAUAGCCACUUACUAACCAAGUGAAAACUUAGCUUCCUCUCUGAAUCCAGUUCGUCAUGUACACUGCACUGUAACCAUUUUAUUUUAAUAGGUAAAUUAUCUCAAUUAAAACAGCACAACUAACAAGUAACAUCUAUUAUGUGCAGUAUACUUAAAACAGGCUCCAGUGUAUAUAAUCCGUCUCAAUUUAUUUGUUAUUUAUUGUGUCGGUUUGAUUACAUAUACACUCUUAAAAAUAAAGGUGCUUCAAAAAGUUCUUCAGAGCAAUGUCAUAUGACAUUUUUAUAACCCGAAGAACCUUCUUUCGCCACAAAGAAACAGAUAAGGUUCUUAAAAUGUUAAAGGUUCCUUAUAGAACCAUCUAGACAAAAAGGUUCUUCUAUGGCAUCUUUUUUUAAUACACCUUUUUUAAGAGUGUAUUUUCCGGCAAAGUUUCAUGUCCAUGCUGUUUGUCUGCAUAAAGGCUGUGUAGAUUUUCUAGUUUCAGAACAUGAAAUUUUGUUAACAACAUCCUUGGGAUUGUGCUUUUAAUCUCUGAUCUAAACAAAUUCAGAGAAUAUAUUUUUUUCUUUAAGUGUUUACAUUUUGUAUAUAUAUGCCUAAUUCUUAUAGUAGCUCAUUCGGAGCUUUUGGAGCGGAUGUUUUGGAGAAGAUUAGAACCAAAACGAUGUUUUUUCAUUUUCCCUUUCACAGAAAUUCCAUUGAUUUUUUUUUCUUUCUUUUUUAUUGUUCUGUUCCACUGGUCACGUGUGCACCCCACCCAAUCAAAUGGCAGUUUGCUCUCAACUUAUUAGCUGACUAGGGCUUUGUGUGGGGGAAGUUGUCCUCUCCAUUUUCACAAAUUGUAAUUUUGUGAGCGUGUUACUGUAUGUGUGUGUUAGUGUUUUUAUGUGUGUGAGAGUGCGUCCCUGCCAUGUCGACAUCCGGAGCUCUGACAGGAUAUUAUGUUGACUCUCUUGUUAUGCCGGACAUCGAAGAGUCUCGCUUCUCAGGAUCAGGGCUCAUUCAGCACAGGCCCUCCGUUCUACCCACAGACCAUACAGAGCUCGGUCCUUGCACAUUCCCGGCAAAGCAACCCGUUUAUGGUGGCUCGGGUUGGGGCCACAUCCCCACGCAUUUCUCCAGUGGUGUACCGUCAGUGUAUCAGCCGCAUACGCAACCUCCAGUAGCUGGGGAUUACGUGCAGUCUUGGCUCUUGGACUCUGCAUGUGGGCUGCCUCUCACUGAGCUACCGACGGUCCAUCAUCACUAUCAUACCAAACCUGAUACAAACAGAACGAAUGAUAAAGGCACAGAGGCCAGUUCACACGCCGUGCUCCCUUCUGGAGACUUCAGUAACGGAGGAUGUUCUACCGACACCGAGACAGCAUCUGGCCGGACUGCUGAUAAGGGAGGAGAUGUACAGGGGAAACCAGGCGCCGAUCCAGACAACCCUGUGUCCAACUGGCUUCACGCGAGCUCCACGCGUAAAAAACGAUGUCCUUAUUCUAAGCACCAGAUCCUCGAGCUGGAGAAAGAGUUUUUAUUUAACACUUACCUCACGCGCGACCGGCGGUACGAGGUCGCCCGUCUACUGAACCUCACGGAGAGACAGGUCAAAAUUUGGUUCCAAAACCGCAGGAUGAAGAUGAAAAGAUUCAACAAAGAUGGAACGAAGGACGACUAAAUAUUUAGCACUUCGUGUACGUUAGGAUGUGAGAUUAUCCAUCCUUUUAUUGAAAUUAUAAUUUCGUGGGAUUUUACAUUAGGCCUAGGUCUUGUGUUAGCCUAUUCAAGUAUUUUCUUAAAGCAUGCUGAGAUCCAAUAGUUUUAUCUAUUAGACUAUUUGGAUAAGGCUAUUUGUUUGUCAUAAGUGGUUCCAUCUUAAUGAACACGGCACAAAUCUGUUUUUCAGACGUAUGUUUAAAUACUCGCUAACACAGCAUUCUUCACAAUUCCGUAUUUCAUUUGGAACAAAUUUAUUAGUAGCCUAACAUGUCGAAAAAAAGUUUAUUCCCUUUCAAUUGUAGUUUGUAUAUCAGUGUUUUAUUUCGGGCCGCAAUUUACAGUUUUCUUAUGUUCUGUAGCGUUUCCUAAACUUUCACUAGAAAAAAUGGGCCCAGGUUUAUGAGAUCAUGUACCCUUAGAAUUUAUUUCCUGUUGUAUGUGCCCUUAGAAAUUGUUUUGUUUAGUAUUUACAAUUAUGACAUUACCACUACCUACUCACUUCACUACCUAUUUUGUUUUGAAACGACCAACCUUUUCAUGCCAUAUCAGCCGUUAUGAUAUUGGGUGAAGUCUGCGAACUUCAGGGAACAAGUAUAUAGAUACUGAGCUGUAGAUAAAAGCACUGUAGGCAACUUUUCAAAUACCUCAUGGUCUGUUGACCGUCAUAUCGUUAGUUUACUUUUAUUUUAUUUUUUGUUUACUUAAUUUCUCAGAUGUAAUUUGUGAUUUUAUUUAUUGAAUAAUAAAAGCAUUUCAUAUUUCCAAACAA